AUGUCCACCUCUCCUUCAGACUCCAUCGAGAUCAAGGACUCGGACUCCGAGUCGGACCGCUCAAGUCCUGUUCAACCUACCCAACAACUGUCACCCAAGAUGACUCGCUCCAAGAGUCGUCGUCUUCAACCAUUCACUCCACUUAUAUCAUCACCAUCCCAACCCCGCAAGAAGAUCAAGAAGAUCAAGAAGGUAGAGGACUCGGACUCUGAGCCGGACCGCUCAAGCCCUGUCCAGUCGCUUCAACAUUCAUCACCAAUGACUACUCGCUCAAAAGGUUAUCGUCCUCCAUCGCAUACUGCACCCCAGCCACCACCAUCCAGGACUCGUCAGAAGAGCUGGAUGGUCAACUCGACCAAGAUGAACACUCGCUCUAGCCAUGGGAAUGCCAAGGUUACCAACACAGUCACCGAACCAGUCAACGAAACAGUCACGAGCUCAAUCACCAGCCCAGUCGUCAACGUCCCCACCGCAUCACCCAGUGAUGUCGAAGUCAGUGAAACCGUUGCAGAAGCCAGUCAGGUUCACUUGUCUCCUAAUGCCAACCACACCAAGGUUAGAGAAGCUUCGAUGCUGUCCAGCCAGAGUCUAGCUCGUUCUAUCAGUGCAGGGAUGUUCACUGAGAUCUUCCAGCAAGCCUCAUUCUGCAGAGAGGGUCUGAAGAAGCGUUUCCAGAUUUUUCUUCGCUACAUGGAUCCCAAGGCAUCUCACUGUGGUCAUCUGGUUGAACCACCGACUGCUGAAGUCAAGGUACCAGAAUUUGUGCAAAGGCUCUCAUUCGAACAUCUGGCUGCUUUUCUCGAUGCUUCAGUGUUACGCACGUAUUGGGAAAUUGUCACAGAUCUGCAGGACACCGAACUGGUCAUGUUCCAGACCCUGGGCCGUAUCGACAACCUUUUGAAGGGCAAUCCUUCCCUCGACAAGGCUAACGCCAACAUCAUCAUGGCUCACUUCGCCACUAUCGCUACGACCAGUGAUGCAUUCUGCACUCGCAUGUCUGCACGUAUCACGCUCACACCUGAGCAGAGAAUCUUCUUCGACGAGAACGAUAUCGAGACCGGUCAGCUUCUUUGUUUCCGCCUUGUCGUUACAGCCGAUCUACCUUCUGUGGAGGACAGACUUCGUCUUCUCUGGUCUGUAGCCCCUGUUUAUCCGGUGAGAAUGCGCUUCCUCGAGUGGAACCACGCUACGUCCAGAAGCAGCCGUGCUCUGAAGACUACGAUGGAAACUCUUGCUACCACCAUCAAAGACACCGAGACCGAGGCGCGUGGUACCAAGAGAAAGGCCGAUGAGGAGAUCGAGACUGAUCAGUAA